AUGUUGGUUUAUGUCGAUGAUAUCAUACUCACGGGAAAUGACUCGGCUGCUAUUGACACUAUCGUACGUCGUCUAAGUCAUACCUUUGCUCUACAAGAUUUGGGAAAAUUGUCCUACUUUUUGGGUAUUGAGAUUGUUUACUGUGACAGGGAUAUUGUUUUGUCUCAGAAGAAAUAUAUACUAGACUUGCUUCACCGGGCCAACAUGUCUCUUGCUAAACCGGUUCCAUCUCCCAUGACCACCUCGUCUAAUCUGUCUAUUAGUGACGGUCCUCCCCAUGACAACCCAGUUGAAUAUCGCCAAAUGGUUGGGGCACUACAGUAUGUUACAUUGUCUAGACCUGACCUUGCCUUUGCAGUCAACAAAGUCUGCCAAUUCAUGCAGGCUCCUACAACUAAUCACUGGUCAGCGGUUAAACGAAUAUUACGGUAUCUUCAGGGCACAAUCAAUCAUGGUCUUCUCUUCCGUCAUGAUUCGGGUUCGUUACUUCAUGCUUAUACGGAUACUCAACUCACUGCCUUCUCUGACGCAGAUUGGGCUGGUUGCCCGGAUGACCGUCGAUCCACCGGCGGAUUUGCUAUAUAUCUAGGCAGGAAUCUUGUCUCUUAG